GUUGUAAUUACACCGCUUGAUGGCGUCUAUCAACGUAUCCUUCCGGAUAUCUAUUUCCUAAACUUUCCACAAUUUUGUUGAAUAAUAGGUAAGUCCUUUUAAAUUAUAUUCCAUUAAAUAAUAAAAAAUUGAUUCUAUCAAUAAUCCGGCGUCAAAUCAGGCUCCAUAAAGGUAUCGUAUAGGUAAAAUAACCUUGUUCGUGCAGAACACUCUUUGUGCCCUCAAUAAUCAGAAAUAGGAAAGAAUUACACCUCAAUAAAAGUAUUUGUUGAAAGCAAUAGGAAUGUUGUAUGAAUUGCAUUCUUACUUUUUUUUUUUAAAUUACGAUCAAAUAGUUUUAAUAGAAAAAUAUCACUGGUUACCUACGCCUACCUGGAACUAACGAAACUGUUGUUUUCAAUAUGGCGGAUUGUAUACAAAAAAGAUCUAACGUCUUCCGUUACAUUUAAAGCGUCGGUCGUAGUGAUUAAAUGAAGUUUUAAGUAUAUCGAAUAGUCUAUUGAUAAAGCUUAUCUGAAAUAAGCGCUGUUUUAUUCAGUGCAUAUUCUCUUCUCAUUCUCAACUUGUUCGUUUACACUGCGUAAUCGUACUUGGCUGUCUUUACAAAAGCAAUUCAACAGUAAUAGAUAUAAUACUUUUAUUGGAAACUUAUCAAUAGUACUGUUUGCCUUAUCGAUGAUUGAUAAGAGUAAUUUUCAACGCGUCAGGUUUAUGAAUCAUUGUUAAUAAAGUAAGAAAUUCUACCUGAUACCUGUACAUCUGGAACCACUGUAAAACUAUGUGAUUAAAAUAAGACAUAACAAUUUCGAAAUCCUUUCUUACCUUUCCGUGACUUGUCUUACAAUUGUUAAAACCUGUUGUUGAAUUUUCCUUUUUUAACAGGCCUACAGAUAUAGUACAGAAGAAUUUGAAAGGAUUAAAAAAUAAUAACAACAAAUUUUCAUAUAUAACGAGAUGCCUGGCGUUUAUGACGCCCCUUCUACAGAAUACAUAUCUCAAGACGCCAAUCAAAACGACGAGACACAGAAAAUUUUACGUUCGGUAAAAGAACAGGUAAGUUUCUUUUUAAGCAUUCCAUUCUUUCUAACAAAAAUAACUAAAUAGGCUUAAUUAAGGUUAGGAAAAAGGUUUUUUUUUGUUAAAUUGUACGGCUUUCAAACUUUUUCCUCCUCCCAUUUCCCGUUCUACCUCUAACCUUAUACCGCUACCCCCUCUCCUUCCUCCCCGCUGAUAUUUUACUUUUCUAACGCUGGGCACCCACGCGUGAAUUAAGUAAAUAGGGUUGGACUGACGUAGCGCGUAAAAAAUAUAAUAUAAUUUGUUUAUGUAGCAUUGAUCGCAUUCACUGCCUUCUCUUAAAAAACGUUAUAGUUAAAGGUGCCGCAUCGCCUCGUUUACUUUCCUUCUUUAAACUCCUAAGAACAUACAAUUCUAUCUCUUCUUCUAUUUAUUUAAUAUUUAAAAGAAUAGUGUAAAUAUUAAUAUUGUAAUUAUCUAUUUACGUAGCUAACUUCCCAGUUUUUGUAUUAAAUCAGCUAAAUUGCAAACUAUAUUGUAUAAUUAAAAAACAAAACAAAAAACAAAAAAGAUUUUCUAUUUGAGUGAGCUUUUGUGUGAAUGAUGCAUGGUGCAGGAAGAGCAAUUUGAACAACUGACGAGAGAACUAGAAGCGGAAAGACAAAGCGUCGCUCAACAGAUCGAAAAAUGCAAAUUGGGAUCGGAAACAGCCAGUAUGAACAGCAUUUCGGAAACGGAUGAGAGUUAUCCAUGGAGAGCGCCUACACAUACAUCUCAUACAUCGACAUCCGGUCAUAUAACGAAUCAACUUCCACCUCCUAUUGCUGAAGAGGAGAGCGACGCUGACAGUAAAUUAAGCGGAACACAGCUAGUUGAUUCUUAUUUGAGAGUAUUGCAUGAGAAAGGCUUAUUGAACGAAUAUACUCGUAAUCGUCAGCCACCUGUGAUGAAUGACGGAUCGAAUCCUUAUCAUGGCCUAGAUCAGAAGGCAUCAAGAGACUACGAUCAGUCGGGGCAGUUGUCUAGUCAUUAUUCAGCUGGCGAAGACGAUUCGUACUUGGGCUCCCCUUACGGUCAACCUGAUCAUCAACGACUUGCCGCUGCGUAUAACGAUAAUGGCAGAGAACACAUUGCUGAAGAUAGUAGACGUUACGACCCUGAAGACAGCAGGCGCUACGAAUCUGAAGAUAAUAGACGUUACGCAGGUGACGAUAGUAGGCGCUAUGAAGUUGACGAUGGUCGACGUUACGAAACUGAUGAUGGCAGACGUUUCGAAGUUGACGAUGGUAGACGUUACGAAACUGAUGAUGGCAGACGUUACGAGGCUAAUGAUAGUGUACGAUAUGAAGUUGACGAAGGUAGACGUUACGACGACGAGGAAGGUAGACGAUUUGAGAGCGAAGAAAGUAGAAGAUAUGACGUGGAUGAUCGGCGAUAUAAUACCGAUGACAGGCGAUAUGAUGCCGAAAAUGCUAGGAGAUACAAUACUGAAGAUAAUGCUUAUGGAAGGAAUAAUAAGUACUAUUCCCAGGACGUUGAUGACAAAUAUGGGCAAUAUACUAUGCAAGACAGACAGCAAGUAUAUCCGGAAGAAGACGAGAGACUACGACACGAAGCUUAUCGUGGUGGCUUAGAGAAUCAAUCAAAGAAUAUGCAUUAUAAUGAAGACGCUCGAAACGGAUCGUAUGACGAACGGUUACCUGCCUACGGAUACGAUUCAUCCAUUGACAGGGCUCAAGCGGUUGCGGUUAGCAAUUAUUAUAAGUCGGAAUAUGAAGGCGAGGAAAGUCCUUAUGGAACCAGAGGGGUAAAUGGCCAUGAUCGUUACGAAGUUGAAGACGAAUAUCCCACUGGAGCUAAAUUAAGCGAAACGUAUCCAGAAGAAAAUAACUACAGCCUCUCGGCUCGUGAUGCCCAUCUUAAGAGAGUUCAGCCAGAACGUGACGUAUAUUUAGCGUCGGGUGGAAGUGGUGGUGGUGGUGAACCACUACCAAACAAUUGGGCGGAACCCGAAUAUAAUUCACAGAACUCUCAUUGGUCAUCAAACACGCCAAAUCGAUCUGCUCCUAAUUUUCCUGCUGGAGAAGAUAGCCGACUAGAUAGAUCUGAAGAAGAGACGCCACCGAAAGAAGGCUACCCAAAUGAAUCGUGGAGGAAUCCAGAUUUAUCUGAAGUUAUAAACUUUCUUCGAUAUCCUUCUGAUGUAAUAAAAGCUAACGCGGCAGCCUAUUUACAACAUUUAACAUUCAAUGACGACGAUAUGAAAGGAAAGACAAGAAGUUUAGGUGGAAUUAAGGCUCUUGUUGAAUUAGCUAAUAGCAAUACAAACGAUUUGGUAAGAGCUGCGUGCGGAGCUUUGAGAAAUUUAUGCUAUGGAAGGAAACAUGAUGAAAAUAAACGAGAGAUAAAAAAAUACGGCGGCCUAUCCGUAAUGGAUAAAAUACUACAGAGGAUUGAUGAUGUUGACAUAAGGGAAAUGGUCACUGGUAUUUUAUGGAAUAUGAGCUCUUGCGAUGAAAUAAAAAGACCCAUCAUUGACGAAGUUUUACAAACUUUGGUCGAUGAGAUAAUCGUCCCUCAUUCCCCGGAUAAUAAUAAUGGUCAUUACUCACAAGUCUCUUGGACAACAGUUUUUAGAAAUGCAUCGGGAACACUGAGGAAUAUAUCGUCUGAUGGUAUAUACGCAAGGACAAGAUUAAGAGAAUGUGACAAUUUGAUAAUUAGCCUAAUAAAUAUACUGGGAGCAGCCGUAGGCCUGAAUGACAUAGAUAAUAAGAACGUUGAGAAUUGCGUCUGCAUCCUUCGAAAUUUAUCGUUUGCUUGCCAAGAAGUUGUUGAUCCCGAGUAUAAUAGGAGAAAGAAACAAGCGCCACAAGCACCAUCAUCGCCUACAGCAACUGGUUGUUUUGGUUCGAAAAAGAAGACGAACAAUAAUAAUUCUAAUAAUCGACCCCCACCGAACAUACCAGUAACAGGUGUUAAAGGAAGCGUUCAAUUGUUGUGGCAUCCAACAACACUCAGGACACUUUUAAAUAUGAUAAAAGAGUGUACUAAUCCAGCUACUCUCGAAGCUGGUGUUGGUGUAAUACAAAAUUUGGCUGCUUGCCAAUGGAGUAUAAGCGUUGAGUACAGGACAUUAGUAAGAUAUGAAAGAGGUAUGUCAGAUAUCUAUGAGUUAUUUGAUGUCCAAUCGGAUGAAGUUAUAAGAACGGCGGCAUCAGCUUUAAGGAAUUUAUCUUUCGAUACUAAAAACAGAGAUUUAGUGGCUAUUCAUGCUAUGUUGAGGCUCAUAAUGAAAUUACCGCCUUGGCAAACUUCUCAAUCUAUGCCUAUCUCUAGCGAUACAAUAGCAACUAUUCUAGCGACCUUGUACGAGAUAACUAAAGAUCAUUCGGCGUUCUCUAGACAAUUUUUAGAGAAGGGAGGAAUGUCUAAGGUGGAACAUUUGGCUAAAUCACCAAAAUAUUCCGCUAAGGUUAACAAGUAUGCCCUCUGUCUUUGGAAUCAGUUAUGGAAAUUAAAGGAAUUACACAUGGACUAUAAAAUGGCUGGUUUUAAAGAAAAUUCGGUUAAUCAAUCAGGUGGUUCCAAAACUAGUAAUCGUUCUGCGCCCGAAAUGUCUACUAAGAGUCUACAACGUCCCAUAAUGGAUCAGAGCAGUCACGGAACGACAAAUACAAUGCCUUUAGUUCAAAGGGGCCCACCACCUACAACCAUCACUCAGCAGGAACGUUUUCACGCUCAAGAUAUGCGAUCGCCGUCACCCUACGACACUGUGGAUCGAAAUUAUAGGCCCAUGGGAGCGGUACCAAUGUUCCCUGGGCUUGACGAACCUGAUUCCGUCGUUUCCAGGGAACCUGUUUAUGCUCAGGUUCGAUCGCAAUCCCAAUACCCAAAUGGGGCACCCUCUAAUAAUGCUGAUUCCUGGGUGUAAAAAGUUUUUCCCCCUAUAUAUAGAUAUAUAUAUAUAUACACUGUAUAUCGUAUUGAAUAUUUUUUUUGUAUUCUACACACAUCUCUAUCUCUGUCAUUUCUUUUUUUAGCAACAUAUCAUACGGGCUGCUGUGAUGAGAUUAGCGAAAAUAUCUUUUUCAAUUAACGUCUGUGAUGAAGUUUUCAGCAAUAAUUUCGCAUGUUUAGCAUAAUAACUAUUACAAAAGAAAAGUUUAUCUAUAUACACAUAUAUAGGUGUACUGUAUAUAUUAACGUACACAUACGCUAAUAUAGAGGUAUAUACAGUAUCAACUAUAAUAUAGUAUGUAAGCUGAAAAAAUGUAGUUUUUCCACAAUUUUUAGAAAAAAAAAAUCAGAAAAAAAUUUUUUAUACACAAUUAUGUAAGAAAAAUUUUUGUACACCUUAUCAACCUUUUCAUUUAUUGGAUGGGUAAUAACAAAACCAUGUAUGCUCUUUAAAAACUGCUGACUUGUUUUCUUGUGUACAAAGUGUAUAUAUAUAUAAAAUAUAAUAAAUUUAUAUAUAUUAUAUAUACAUAUAUAUCUAUAUAUAAU